AUGGCUGCCUCUGGACACUCCGGGCUGCUUGGCCUCCCGAGGGAGCUGCGCGACAUAAUCUACGAAUACGCACUCACCGAGCAAGCUGGGCUCGUUCUCACGGACCCCUCUCCCUCUCGCCUCCGUGCAGCACACAAUCCGCGAGGCCCCGAUCCGAAUCCACUCAAGUUCGUUUGUCGUCAGCUGUACGCCGAGACCAGGGGCCUCGGUUUGAAACACAACAAGAUAACUUUCCCUGGUCCAUUCAGCUACGAACUAUUCGACAAGUUCACUAAGAAAGUUUCCAGGUACGCCCUCACGGAAGAUAGAGGCCUCCUUCUCAUCGAAACCCACCCGAAGAGCUUCAGAGGCCAUCGACUCUACGAACACUGGGUAGAAUCUAACCGCGUCAAAUACGUCUGUCGCCAGCUUUACCACGAAACCAAGGGCCUAGGUCUGAGACUAAACGACCUGGCUUUUCAGUCUGACCGGCAGAUCGCAGACUUCUAUACAUUCAUUACUGCGUGCUCGGUGGGUCAGCAGCAAUGCAUUCGUCAAGUCACACUAUGCGACGAAUAUUCGAGUUCCUCGGGAUGGGUGAGCUCAUGGAACAAGGGAGUCGAGAUAUUGGCGCCAUAUGUCGCCUUUUGGCCCGGUAUCAAGUUUCACUUAUAUGUCGGCUCUCUCGGCGAAAUCGAAUCCGCCGAUAUGUGGCUUAUGAAGGCUGCCGGCCUCCUGUACGCCAGACACAUGCACGAGAACCAUGCUGUUCUCUCUCCGUUCAUGCGCCGGAUGGCCGUUCGUCUUGGCUCUGAUCGAGAGGAGCCAAUCCCGAGUCAUAUCCGCAUAUUCCCUGGUACAGGGCCUGGCGAUCUUGUUCAACCUGUUUUCAGUGAGGAAGACAUACAGAGACAUGGCGUGGCGCAGAUCGAGCUCUGCAUCAAGGAGAUUGAAAAGUGGCAGCGAGAGGGUGUCUAG